AGAAAAGAAUAUAAUUCCCAGUCAAAAAGUAUCGUGUUUAACGUGUAUAAUUAUUUUAAGACAAUUUUUCCCAAUGAAAAUAAAAUACAAUUAAAAAACCGUGUUGUAGCUGCCACAGGAGUAUCUUUAGCCACUAUAGGGAGAAUCAUAAGUGAAAGUGUCGAGUUACAAGCUUUAAACAAUGGUGAUGGUGAAAUAAAAUUUAGUUCUCCUAAAAAACGCAAGAGAAUAUGUACAAAAACCAAUGUACCAGAAUGGGAACAAAUGGAUAUUAGAAACAUGAUUUAUAAUUUUUACAAAACGGAAGGAUGUCGAGUUACUCUGACACAAAUACAAGAAAAAUUAAUUACAGAAUAUGACUUUUCAGGAAAACGUACCUCCCUGUACACCAUUAUUAAAAAACUUGGAUUCAGGUGGAGAAAAACUAAGAACAAUCAGCGUGUGCUAAUAGAGAAGACUGACAUUCGCGCUAUAAGGUUGAACUAUCUGGACAAAAUUAAGUAUUAUAGGAGCCAAGGUAGGCCAAUUGUCUUUUUUGAUGAAACAUACAUUCAUGCAGGCAUUAGGUCCAACAGUUGGACAGACAAUACCGGUAAUGGUUUACUAUCAACAAUUUCUAAAGGCAAUGGAUUAGUUAUUGUUCACGUCGGUGGUGAAAUGGGUUUUAUCCCUAAUUGUAUGUUGAUUUUUAAAUCUGGUACCAAAUCCGGAGACUACCACGACCAUGACCACAUGAACACGCAAAAUUAUGAGGAGUGGCUUACAGAGAAGUUGAUUCCAAAUCUGCCUCCCAAUUCUGUUGUUGUAACUGGUAAUGCACCAUAUCAUAAUGUACAAGUACAGAAAGCGCCUACCUGCAAUUCAAGAAAAACAGAUAUGGUAGAUUGGUUAAUAAGUAAAAAUAUACCUUUUUCGCCAAAUUUGCUUAAGCCACAGCUGUAUGAAAUUAUUAAACAUAAUAAAAAACAACACAUUGUUUACAAAUUCGAUCGUCUCCUCCAAGAAAAUGGGCAUGUGGCUUUGAGGCUCCCACCCUACCAUCCUGAUUUAAAUCCGAUUGAAAUGGUAUGGGCUCAAGUUAAAAACAGCGUAGCAAAGAAAAAUGUUUUAUUUAAAUUAGAAGCUGUGAAAACUCUAACAGAAGAAGAAUUUCUAUCAGUUACUGUCGAAGACUGGAUGAAAUGUUGCCAAGAUGUUGUUAAAGUUGAAGAUAAUUACUUGCAAAAUGAAAUUCGAGUUGAUAUGGUAGUAGAAGACUUGAUUAUAACAGCUUCUGAUAGUGAAAGUUCUACUGGUGAAGACGAUUUCGAAAAUUUAUCAGAUUAGGACUAUAAAUAUGUUUCUUGUGAAUUCCUUUUUUGUACCAGCUUGUUUAUAAUUGUAUUGUUUUCUAGUUUAUUUAUGAUUUGUACUCUA